CCUCAGCAGCUAAAGCGGAGUCUGCCAGUUGAGGCUGCGAGGUGGUAUAUUGUUGGUCGUGUUCUUCUACUGUGAUUGAUCCAGUCUCUCCUCUUCGUUAGCUCCAGUCUUCCUGUUGCCAUUGCGAGUUUGAUCGUUGCCCGGACUGCCUUUAUAUCUGGUGACUAUUCCUUUGGGCCCGGCGCUUUUCUCCCAGGUAGAUCGAGAGGCUCGCUUAUCGCUCGUGCACGGGUUGUGACUCGGGCGACCAACUUGAACAUGGUCUUCACGUGCCUUGGCCAAGCAAAUGCUGACUAAUGAUUGCAACAGCUAACGGCUGGGGUGGGCUGGCUCAAACUGCCAUCGAACAAACACGGAAGAAAUACGCUUCCGCCCACUUCAAUUGAGACGCGCCUGCUAAGCGCAAUGGCAGACAACCAAUUGCAAUUAGAAAUCAUCGAGCAAAAUCCGAUCGGGAACGGCCUCGAGGGCUUUCGAACUUAUUAUAUAUCGGUCUGCAAUAGUAAGAGCAUUCCGUAUACGCCAGACACGCUUGAUCUGCUCGACGACGAAGAUCUCCGGAACCUCGCACUUGCCUUUUUAUCAGCGGCGUAGAACCUUGCUGUCGCCCGUCUGCUGCUUGCGAGGGCUAGCCGUAGCACCCUUCAGAGCGACCUUCUGCGACUCGAGCUCUCCCUAGAGUCUGGCGACUCCGACCUCGACCGCAUCAAGCCUCUCCUAAAAGCAGCACUCGCCUACGAUUCAGACGAUACGCUCGUCUAGAGCCGAGUCUACGAUGCCGUCACUACCGUUACUGCCAUCGUCGAAUCCACCCCCCCCCCCCCUAACCGAUAGCGUCUUCUCUCUAGCAAACCCCAUAGCUAUAUAAUACUGGCAGCUUCGCCAAUUCGUCCGAAUACUAUAGAUAUGUGGAUAGUGUCCUUAAGGAGGAGCUCGGCCCUAUAUAUAUCGACCUCUAGGACUUCCACAAGAUGUAUUUCGGCUCUGUAUCAAACCUGGAGACCGUAUGUGACGAAACCACAGGCAGUCCUGCCUCUGAAAGGGUUCGCCGGUCGAAGGUAACUGCUGGUCGGACUGUAGGUC